AUGUCCGACAGCAGCGCAACGACUGCCCCAAACGCCAACCUCCGACCAUGUACCCGCUAUAUCAUAGGCCACAAUGAUGCAGCAAAAAGCAUCUUUCUGCCAACUCCGGAUUUGUUCUAUCACAAGCGCUUUGGGUACUCCAUGACAAGGACAUACGCGUUGCCUUGUUUGCCAGCUCCCCUGGACCAAGAUGCCGACCUCAAACUCUAUCUAUCUCCAAAUGACGGCACAAACGUCACUUCCUGCAGUAGCCAAUCCGAUAAUGUGACAAUCGACGGUGGAGUCAAUUCUGUAUAUCUUGAUAUGGGUCCUGGAUCUCAGUCGCCGAUGCAUCGGACCAUCUCUAUCGAUCUGGUGGUUGUCAUCGAAGGGGAGAUUGAACUGGAGCUUGAUUCAGGGGAGAAGAAGUUGCUUUACCAAGGAGAUACCGUGGUACAACGGGGAACAAUGCAUCGUUGGAGGAAUCCAUCAAGCUCCAAGCCAGCCAGGAUGCUGGCUGUUUUGAUGUCUAGUGACAAAGCUUUCAUUGGAGGACGCGAAAUUCAACAAGAGUAUUCGCCUGUGUGA